CAUAUAAAUUCCAUCUUCUUUGAUGCUAAAGAAAGACUACAUUUGAAAGAAGAGGAAAAAAAUGGGAGCUUUUUUAGCUUACACAUUAGUUUUUGCUGCAUUGUGCAGCUAUGCAAACUCUCAGUUAGUUCCGGCUAUCGUGACGUUUGGAGAUUCGACCGUUGAUGUCGGAAACAACGACUACCUUCAAACCGUGUUUAAGGCCAACCACCCUCCCUACGGCCAGGAUUUCUCCAACCAGGAACCUACCGGAAGAUUCUGCAACGGAAAAUUGGCUACUGAUAUUACCGCUGAGACUUUGGGAUUCACGACCUACGCGCCGGCGUAUCUCAGCCCUCAGGCGUCGGGGAAGAAUCUUCUCCUCGGAGCCAACUUCGCCUCGGCUGGCUCCGGAUACGACGACAACACGGCUGCACUAAGCCACGUGAUUCCGCUGUCGCAGCAGCUGCAGUAUUUCAGGGAGUACCAAACCAAGCUAGCAAGCGUGGCCGGGAGCGAAAACGCGUCAUCCAUCAUCAAAGACGCGCUAUACCUCAUUGGCGCUGGCAACAGCGACUUCCUGCAAAACUACUACAUCAACCCUUUCCUCAACAGACACUACACCGUCGAUGAGUACUCCUCCUACCUCGUCAGCAUCUUCUCCAACUUCGUCAAGAGCUUGUAUGGACUUGGAGCAAGAAGAAUCGGAGCUACUUCACUCGCGCCAACAGGCUGCCUUCCUCUGGCAAGAACCAUAUUCGGGCAGCAUGAACGCGGAUGUGUUUCGAGCUUCAACACCGAUGCUCAGCAGUUCAACAAGAAGAUCAAUGCAGCUGCUUCUCAGCUCCAGAAUCAGCUUCCCGGGUUGAAGAUCGUCAUCUUUGAUAUCUUCAAGCCCAUCUACGACCUUGUCGCCAAUCCAAAAAAAUACGGCUUCGUGGAGGCGACCAAAGGCUGCUGUGGGACGGGGACUGUGGAGACGACGUUUGUUCUGUGCAAUCAGAAGUCGGGGACAUGCAGCAACGCGACAGAGUAUGUGUUUUGGGACAGUGUUCAUCCCUCUCAAGCUGCAAACCAAGUUCUUGCCGAUAGUCUCAUCAUCUCCGGAAUCUCUCUCAUUGGUUGAUACCAUACUGUCUGUCUUCUUACAAUAGUACAAGAAUUUACAACUUCAUUGCAAAGUCUGUAAGCUACUCAAUCAUCAAAUAUUGUACUGAAACUGGACACGUAUAUCGAAAAUCGAAGACUAUGUUAAUAGCUCUGUUUUUA